UGUAGUCUGCUGUAGUGGAUUGGGACACAACCCUGAGUAAAGGACUUCCCGGUGCGAUUUUUUUGUUGUUACUCUGUUUCUUAGGAAACGGACUUGUAAAGUGUGUGAGGACAAACACACCGAUUCACUGAGUGGAAACUCCUCCGAAAUGUCUUCUUCCAAGUCAGGACACUUUUCUGAAACAGCUGCUACACGCUUCAGUGCCUGGACACCUGUGAUACAUAAACCUGCCAAUCAGCAGCUCUUCCAGGACAGAACGACUCUCAUUCUGCACUGGUUUGACCUAUGGACGGAUGGACAGAGACAACAUUUGCUUCAGCUGUUGUUAAGAAGAUGUUCCAAGUCCCAGCUCAAAUCCAUCAGUGACUACUUUAUUAAAGCUGCUCCUUUUACAAGACUGGACUUUACCACUGUACUGCCGCGGAUACUCUCGUUGUACAUCCUGUCCUUCCUGAGCCCUUUGGACUUGUGUUCUGCAGCUCAGGUCUGCUGGUACUGGAAGUUCCUUUCAGAGCAGGAUUGCCUGUGGGCUCCAAAGUGUAUUCGACAGGGAUGGUUCCUCACCUAUGCAACCUCUGACAACGAGUAUGGUGCUUGGAAAAAGCACUAUGUAGCCUGUGCUUGCACCCUGGAUGUUUUGUUCCCGCGUGAAGCAGCGGACAUCUACGGUACUCUGAACCAAACUUUGCCUGAAGCAGAAGAGGAGGACGAGAAACGAACAGAAUGCCUAAUCAGACGCACCAUCUGCGAGAAGAUUUUGGAACGCAAAAAAGCUGAUUUGAAGAGCAGGAGUGGGUGGUUAACCAACUCCACAGGAACUUAUGCAAGCAGUAUCAGACAAAAAUCCAGCCUACUGGCUCUGAAUCGUAUUACCAGCCUUGUCAAACUAGGGGACAAAUGCCGAUCAGAGAGCGUCUUUAUCGCGAAACAGCGGGGACUUCAGCUGAAUUCAACCGGUCAGACAUCAUUUGCUUCAAGCUCAAUGAAAACCUUCACAAUGAGUGGGCCCUUAAAUUCAUUCGUCAGCUCCGUCAAGAGCAACAAUCCACCCCACUUGCUGCUUCUGUCAUCCAGAAUUCCUGCUUAUGAGAUGGUGCUCUGUGGAGCUCUGGUCAAUGUGGUGCCAUUGGUGUAUGACUACAGUGGAAUGACUUUAGAGGCUCUUCUCAGUCUGGCUGAGCGAGCUACACAGGGCAGAGCUGUACAAAGUAUUGGGAUCAUAGCUGAAGGAAAUCCUGAAGAGAUUCACCUAAUAGAAGGAUUGAGCAUCACGGAGAAGAGCGUCUUAAAUCCAGAUGUGAGGGCAUUUUGGGAAAAGCUCAGUGGCUCGGUUGUACCUGCAUCUGAAGCAGGGCAGCUAAACAUUUUUGUACCUUUGGCUUCUUCUGUUGAAGGGAUGGAGCUAAUAAGCAAAUUGUCCACUCUGACUGGUUUGAGCGUCAGGGCACCUGUAGGAUUCUGCACCGGUUCUUACCAACACAUUCUGGGUGAGUGGUCCGGGAAAGUUGAUUUCCCUCCGCUGCUGUACUUGAAUGAAGGCCCCUUGACUUUGUGGUGCAGGCAGGCAGAAUGGAUAGAGCGGACACUGCAGGGUCUAAGGAAACAACUUGAACCACAACUGCAGCUCCUGAGUUACGAGACAAGGGGGCGCACACUCGGUCUGUUUCUUUGGGAUCAUGUAAACCUGCCAGUUUUAAAGCUUAAAUCAGAAGUUAUACAAGCUGUAAUCGAGGGUCUUGUGGCACUUCAGAAAGAAACAUCAGAUAAUCCGCUGGAGUUCCUGGGGAAUUUUCUGCUCAAGAAAUGUGUGGCUGGUACUGUGGAAAAAUCCCACAGCUUGAACCACAAGGUCCCGAAAAGUGUGUUCGGCGAAGCAGAUCGACGUGGCGACGUGGUCAUGGAGCUUCUGAACAGCGAGAAAGCUUACGUGUGUCUGCUGCAGGCUGUACACGGUGUCUACUACGUUCCACUAAGAGCAGCUCUGGACUCCAACCGAGCGAUAAUCAGCUCUGCCAAUCUUGUGAUGCUCUUUAAUCCCAUGCUGGACAUCCUGGAAGCCAAUACUGUUUUUCUGCAGGACCUGACCGAGAGGUUGGAGGAAUGGAGUCCUCUGCAGUGUGUGGGAAGUGUGUUUGUCCGAUUCUGUGCCAAACUACGGGCUUACACCAAUUUUUUCAACAACUACGCCACUGCUAUCAAAACAAUAGAUAAGUGCAAAGAGACGCUUCCUGUAUUUCGCGCCUUUAUAAAGAGACACAACCGGACUCUUGCUACUAGGAUGUUAAGUCUACAGGAACUGUUUCUUAGUCCGUCCACGAGGAUGGAGGAGUAUGUGACUUUGCUCCACUCUUUGAUGCUACACACACCAGCCGAACACCCCGAUCACACACACAUCUCUUCAGCCUUAAAGACAUUACGGAGUUAUAGGAACUUCAUCCACAAGUUGAAAAAAAGUUCCAACCAGGAGGAGAAAAUGCUGGAGGUGCAGAAGAUCAUUCAGGGCUGCCCAAAUCUAGAAGAGGGAGGCCGAUACCUGAUAACCUUGCAGGAUGUGGCGUUACUGAGCUGCCUUAACGAAGACAUCGCUCCAUCAUUCAGGAUGUACGAGUGCUUUAAGGAGCUCGGAUUGUUCCUGUUUAACGAUGUCGUGGUUCUGACGGAGAAAAAAGACACCCAUGUGCCCUUCAGUCUUGCAGUGAACACAUCUCACACGUUCCUGGCGUCUGUAAGCUUGCACUGCCUCAGCGUCUCUGACAUGGUGGACACAAAGUACGUGCAGAAUUCUUUCCUCCUGGAGAGCCCAAACCGCCAGUGGAUCUGUGCCACAGACCGAGAGGAGGAUAAGAUCAGGUUUCUGUGUGCAUUAAGUGGCGCUAUAAAUGCAGCCAGGCACAAAUAAUGCAGACGUAGC